UUAGAAUAUCCAGCUUGCUUAAGGCUCACUAGCCCAUUCAUGUCAUUUCUCAAACACAUUGCCUAGGGUUUACUAUUCAAAAGUACAAAUCUUGCAGGGGUUUUGCCCUGUAAUCAGCAACUUUCCGGUUCAAACGUACGUGCAACCAAACAACUGGCAACAAAGUUGUGCUGUUCUACUUUUUAUAAGGAAAGGAGGGAAGGGUCUCUUGUAGUUGAUGCAUCGGUUAUUUAAACUGUUUGAUUGAAACUGAUAAUGUUUUCUCUAGCCUUCUUUCCGUUUUGAGGUGUUGUUAUUGGUUCAUGAAACCAUGAAGUUUGUUCCUCUUCUCAGGUCGGUUAGCACCCGUUAUACUCUUCGUGAAAUAACUGGCCCUUUGCAGGUUCGUUUUUUCCAGCAUGAUUUUGUCCCUAGAGAUCCCAAAAUCAACCCCAGAAAGUACAAAUAUCCAGCAUUCUAUGAUCCUUAUGGUCCUAGACCUCCACCCUCCGAUAAAAUUGUUCAAUUAGCUGAGCGUAUUGCUGCUUUGCCUCCUGAGGAGCGACGUCAAAUUGGUCCCACGCUCCAUUACAAGUUAAAUCAUCCAAAACUUCAAACAAUCUCAACAGAAGGCAUGGACUUGGGUGCCCAAGGAAGCCAAGCUGCUGUGGCUGCAAAGGUUGAAGAAAAGAAGGAGAAAACAGCCUUUGAUGUGAAGUUGGAGAAGUUUGAUGCAGCAGCAAAAAUCAAAGUUAUUAAAGAGGUCAGAGCAUUCACUAAUUUGGGGUUAAAGGAGGCCAAAGACCUGGUCGAGAAGGCACCUGCUGUACUUAAACAGGGGGUCACCAAAGAGGAAGCAAAUGACAUAAUUGAGAAGAUCAAAGCUGCUGGAGGUGUUGCAAUUAUGGAGUGAUGGCUUUGUUGUUUUAGUGGUUCUUGGUUUUGUUGAGUUAGAGCAUGGAAGAAUGACAGAAUCUCAAAUUAUGGUAUCUCAGUAAUGAAAUCUGUUGUGCAGAUAGUUUACAAUUGUCAUCAGAGAUGUGAUUCAAUAAUCAGCUUUAAACUUAUUUCAUCA